AUGCUGCGCUGGAGUCAGCACAAACUCAGCCACCGUGGAGGCAGUCUGAUGAGUCUCCCAACAGCUGGACUCUCUGCCAAUCACUCAGAGUCAAGAGCCCACAACAUCUGCAUGUGCGACUACGGUGUCAGCGGCAAACGAGCUCAGUGUUCUAUAGUAACAGAAGAACCAGAGCGCCACACUUCCCCUGCGGUGCGUGGAGUGGAGGAGUGGAACAGUCGGAGGUUGGGCCCGGGCUGUGAGAGCAUGUGCUUGCAGACAGACCCCCGCAGAGGAACGAUCUCCCAUGGACAAGCAGCCGCCGCCGCCGCCACCGCCACCGCCACCAGGACGCAGCCCUGGCACACGCAAGAGCAGACGAGGAGGUUUUGUUAA